UCGUGACGAGACAUAAAAUUAUCUUCGCAAUCAGGUUAUUGUCAUUGUUAUGGCUCAACGACACGUGUUUAACACCUCAAUCGGGCGAUUGUCGGGACUGAAAGCUUCGCGCGAAAGCAACCCUUCGCCCGAAUUUAUAUCCUAGCGGCGCGACAAUUUGAAUCGCUGUGGUCGAUAUUUUUUUUUAGUUUGACGCGCGCCGUCGUCGCAUCGUUCGUCUUUAUUAAUCACGCACAAUCCACAAAGGAACGGUCAAGCAAAAAUAGCAUACGCGCUGCUCACCAGCCGAUACUUGUCUCUGCACAAGAUAGAAGAUAGAAGCCGCAGCGCCUGUCUCCAGAUCACUUUAGAGGGUAGACCAGAUACAUACAAUGCACGAUAACAAUUCGCCCACCGUUUACGCGAAACGCGUGUGUUUUACAUAUUUUCGCAACGCAAUCGCUCAUCGUAGAUCAAGCAUGAUCUGGGACAUCGUCUCGACGUUAAUCGGUGGAUCAGCAAUUGUGUGAACGUCCUCGCGCUCUGCAACAGUUAUGUAAAUUUGUUUCUCUACAACGAGCUUGUCAAGAAUAAAUGCAAUUUAGCGUUCCCGGAAGAGAGCAGAUCGAAACGUGAACGAGCACGGUCAUGGUCUUGAGCGGAACGCUCACAGACUCCAGCUUCUUGGCUAUCACACCGUUUAACAUCAAAUUUAAACCGCCUCUUACCGAGCCACGAUCCUCGACGAUGGUAGGCGGUCGUAGAGUAAAACUCGUGGCAGGCAAUGAAACCACCACUACGUCGAUGGACACCGGCGGCAACAACCACGUUGUCUCCACUGUACAACCGACCACCACUCAACAAAAAGUCCGACGAAUCCUCGAGGAGCAGGCCAGGUGGCAAGAGAACGACUCUCAUAGACGCGUCAAGUGCACAUCGAGCACUGCUUGCUGCGUGGUUAACAACUACAGCAUCAUCGCCUCUAGGGGUGAACUCGCUCGAAAUAACCGCGCCGUGAGUGAAACAACGGCGACCAGCGUCAUCGCCAAGAAACGGGCAUCGUCUAACAUCAACGGGAGAAUCCACUGCAAAGAGGAGACCGCUCGGAGCAGCAUCCUCGCCGAAGAGGACUCGAGGAGACCGAAAAACGUGUCCAAAGACUCGACGAAAUUGAGAGGCAUUCAGCGAGGAAUAAUCAAGUCCGCUUCCGUUCCGAAGGAUCUGAAGGAAAGUCUUCCAGCGAGAGAGAGAACAUUAGAGCGGCUGCCGGAGGAGGGUAUCCUGAAGAAGUCUUCCGCCUUCCUGACGAGCUUGGCGCAUUAUCCCUCCAGUAAGCAGGCCGAGAGGAACUCGCUGGACGACGAGUCGGCUAAUAGGUUUCUCAGGCCGUCGAACGGCUACGAGCUUCCUCGCGGUUCCUCGUCCUCGAGGUACUCCGGUCUGAAGAGCUACUUCUCGAUCCUGACGAACGGUGACGGUGCCCAAGUGCGUGUUCUACGGCAAUCCCCCAGCGUUCAGACCCUGUCGACGAGCUGGAAGAAAAAGGGCGUUGGGGUGAAGAAAUCGGUUUCCUUCAGUUCCGACACCAGCUUCGAGGAGAAACGCGCGCCGUACCGGAAGUCCGCCGUCCACGAGGUUAAGAUCUACCGCAAGGGUGUGCUUCAAGAUCGCGUGCGCGAAGAACCGAUUAAGACGAAAGUGCCACCCUCGUGGGAAAUACCCUCCGGGGGCCCUACGGCCCUUCUGAGGGCAGCCAGAGAAGCGGACGACACUGGUCUCAAAGAGAUCGUCACCCAGGCUCGGAAAGUGGGACUGAAGGGUAUGGAUGUCAACGUAGUCGACAGUAGCGGCAGGACGGCCAUAAGCUACAUGGCUGGGAAUGGUGCAUCGGCAAUGCUAGAACUGGCGCUCUCUUUCGAAGGUGUGGAUCCAAAUCUGCCUGACAAUGAGGGCAACACACCGCUCCAUUUUGCCGCCCAGGCCGGACAGACCGAAUGCCUCAACAUUCUUCUGCAGAGAUGUCCAGAUAUCGAGGUGGAUGCUAGAAAUACCUUGGGUUUUACGCCGCUCAUGAAAGCCGCCCUUCAAGGUAGAACCAAAUGCGCGAAGAUUCUCCUGUUUGCCGGAGCAAAUCCUACAUUACGCGAUCACGGUAGAGGUUUGAGAGCUGAACAGUGGGCAAGAUUCUGCGGGAGAUACAUGUGCGCCGAAGUAAUCGAGAGAUUCGCGAGGCAUCGUCUUUUGGAAAGAACAACAUCUUGUCGUUGGGGCAGCGAACCUGAAUUGGCUGCGAAAAUAUUACAAGGAAAAAUGACACCUAUACCUACGGCACCUCUACCGCAACCUUCCUCGGGAUUGAAAUCGAAAAUAAGGAAAGUCUUCCGCACUACCUCAAGUCCAGAUAGAACUUUCUCUCUCGUGUCACAACUCACCAGUGCGGCUCUCUGCGCGAGUAGUCCAGCUCUGCCGAAACAGUCACCUGUAGUAAAGAGUCUUCUACGACCAUUGAGUGUACCUCAAUUAAGGGUGACGUUGGUGUCGCCGCAAGAUUUUUUGGAAAAGACCUCGGAUAAGUACGGGACAAAUUUUACGGAUAAAAUCGAGAAUUCCAUCGCAAAGCCACUGCGCUCGAAGAAGAAGAGCAAGUAGUCUAACGUGAAGCUAUCGCGGCCGCGAACCGUGUUUAGUCGCCCGUUUUGCGUUGAACAAUCGCGAUGGAAAAUUAUGCAAGUAUGCUUGACGUAAGACAACAGAGAGAAGAGAGUGAUUUGUGAUCAUCUUUAUCCGAGAUCAUUUACGUAUUAUUCGAUUCCAUUGUUGCCUAUAACCGUACGACUAAACGUCGUCCGGAGCCUCUAAGUAGAUCUCGUAGGUUUUCCGAUUUUACCUCGCCAAGAAAAUAUUAUAGCGAUGCAUUUCUCAAAUGUGGACGUUCGCAAAAAUCAAAGAGAGAAGAUCCUCGAAACUCGAUCGCUUCCGAUAAAUCACGAUUAUCGAUCGAUUUGUUGUUUGAAGUGUUUUCGUGUCUACAGAUCGUGCUCUCGAGAUUGUUUUUGAUGUAAACCAUCGUCACGGCCGGAUGCGCAAACAUUCGAGCCGGUCGAAAUUUUAUUUUUAGUUUUUAAAGCUUAGAAUGAAUCGUGUGAGACGUGGCGGAACGAGAUUCAAGUGCGUAAACGCGAUUACAUGGGAGAUUCUGUGAAAUCACGUUAAAUAAUCGUGAUACAGGAAGAUCCAUCAAAGACUUUCCUGUCCCCGUCGUCUUAUCGCUAAAUGGAAUUUCAAAUUUUCCAAAGGAAAAGUGAUCUCGAAGUCGAAACAAACUCGAGUAAAUUUUGCCGGUUAAAAAUAAUUGAAGGGCGAUUUUGCGAUCGACGUAUAUCGCAGGUGUUCCUCUAACUUAUAAUACACGUUUUACCUACAAGAUUUUAUAUCGAUGCAGUUAUUAUCAGAUGGUUGUUUAAAUAAAUAUCUUAUUAAUCGACUGUUUGAUUUGA